AUGUAUCGUCAUAGUGGAACUACCAGCAAGAAUGUUGCAACGGUCUCGUAUAGAUACGAGAUCUAUAAGGGCUCGGAGGCUGAUCAAGUACUACAAGCUACGUAUUUUGCACAGGGCUUCAGCGGUGUAGUACAGGUACAAGAUUUCCAGCUUCAGGCUGCUGCUAUCCGUGUCUCAUCUUUAGUUCGGAUUAGGAGACUUCUCCAGACUGCAGUCUAUGUCGGAUGUUUCAAUGAUUGA